AUGCUUGCUCCUAUGGAAAACAUCAACUUAGACAGCAAUCAUCCACUACUUAGCCCUUACAGGCUCGAUGAUGAGGUCUGGAUGGUUCCUUGUAAGCUGGAUACCAUGAAGCAGAAGUAUUAUCCUCUCGUUUACCCGAGAGUUUCAAAAGGCCAUCUGCGACAUCCAUGGAUUAAAAAAGAAGAUGACAUAAUCUUAAGCCAUCUUCCUACCGAGACUACUAAAAAGUGGACUAUUAUAGCUCGGGAAAUUAAUCAAAAAAUUCAUAACGACACCCCUAUUCGAAAUGGAAAACAAUGUCGGGAGAGGUGGUGCAACCAUUUAAACCCAGAUCUCAAAAAAGGAAGCUGGAGUAAUGAAGAAGACGAAAUUAUUAUCAUAAAACAAAAAGAAAUCGGCAAUAAAUGAAGCAUUAUUGCUAAAUUUUUGCCAGGAAGGACUGAAAACAGUGUUAAAAAUAGAUGGAAAAGUAUUGGGAGGAAAAGAAAAUGCGAAAGCUCAGGGUUUCUUACUCAUGCCACGGGUGCGGGUAUUGAUACUUCAAGCACAGAUUCACAUGAAGAUACUGAGGAAAGCCAAAAUUAUUCGAUCAGAAAUAGGGAUCAGGAUAUUCUUUUUAUCGAGCUCGGGCUUGAUGAAAUAGAUCCGAUUGAAGAUUUCUGUCUUUAA